AUGAAAGGGUAUUCAAAGAUGCAGCUGAUCGACGAAAGUCCCACAAGCACCAGAUCCACACCCCCAACAAGUUCAAAUUCCCAAUACGACGACUAUAACAAUCAUCAUGAACUGCAACAAAAAGAAGAAGAUAAGAGCUUCCCCAAUGCAACAAGUUCUAUUCCUGAUACCAGGUUUAAUCGAGAGAAAAAGAUCAGUAGUAACCUGCAAACAACAGUGAAAAAGGCUUUCUCCAUGAGAAGAUCUUCAUCUAUUUCUGAAAAGUAUUACAGGAUCCAUGAUCAUUCUUUGAAUCUUCAAUCUGAAUGCGAAGAUGAAGAAGAAUCGCAGGUAAAAGGAUCUACAAACAAGAAGGGAAGUGUUCUAAAAGCCUGUAAGCGCAUUUUUCGAAUUUGA